AUGGAGCUUCACGUGUCCUUUAUACCUCUCCUCGCUAUUCUUGGAGCCCUCAUCUACAGGUUUCUGGUCUAUCCUCUAUUUGUUUCGCCUCUUUCCAAAAUUCCCGCGGCUCACUGGUCGUGUCGGUUCUGCUCGAUCUGGAUCUACUGGAUGAGAUGGACAAACCAGGAAAAUCGGGCGGUUUAUGAUAAGCACAUGAAGCUGGGAGCUGCAGUUCUUCUGGGCCCAAAUCUUCUCGGCAUCAACUCCUUUGACGAUGGGGUAAAGAAGAUAUAUCAAGGCGGUUUCCCUAAACCUCCUUUUUACUUCAAUGGAUUUGCCAUUUACAAUACGGAGAAUAUUUUCACGUUUGAAGAAAACGCAGCACAUUCUGCUCGGAAAAGGAUGAUCUCCAACACCUUUUCCAAAUCCUUCGUCAUAUCGUCUCCGACAGCGCGUGCAGCCACUCGUGAUGUCUUGUUCGGCAGGUAUCUCCCUAUGUUACGAAAAGCCUCCAGCGAAGACAAACCACUCGAGGUACUUGGAAUGAACUAUUCCUAUUCAAUGGACACAUUUGUCCAAUGGCAGUUCGGGCGCUCCUUGGGUAGCAACCUCCUGGAGGACCUCCAAGAGCGAAAACUCUACCUGGACGGGUUUUUCGCGCCCUAUCCGUUCCUGUUCUGGAUGUACUAUUUCCCCAAGCUUGCCAAUUUCCUCCGCAGGGUGGGGGUCUACCUCAUCCCUAAAUCAGUUGACGCGAAAUUCGGCGCCGCAGAAGACUGGAACCUUGAAAAAUGCGACAGUGCCCAACAACUCCUUGCAAGCUCCGAGCCUCUUCACAGUGAAGACCAGCCGGUCGUCUUCCAGCAAGCACUCCAGUCGAUGAGCGAGCCAACGGCCACCAAAGGAGCAUACCCGCGCAGAAUGCAGAUCGCAAGCGACAUGUUCGCCCACAGCUCCGCCGCAUUCGAGACGAGCGGCAACACCGAAACAUACGUCUUCUACGAGAUGUGCCGAAACCCCGAAUGGCAGAAAAAGCUUUACGAAGAGCUACGUGGCGUGAAGCUUCCCCAGCGCGAGGACUUAAACCGGAAGAUUGAAAUCGACGAUAUUACAGAGCCAAAAGACAUCGACACCCUCCCCAUCCUCCACGCAAUCAUCAUGGAGACGCUUCGUCUCUGGCCUGCUGUCCCCGGUGGUCAACCUAGAGUGGUUCCCAAAACAACCUCCCUGGGGGGAUACGCCAACAUACCAGCCGGCACUAUCGUCCAGUCAUACGCGUGCGUACUUCAUCGGACCCCUGAAGUCUUUCCAGACCCCUUCCAAUGGAAGCCCCAGCGCUGGCUUGAUGCUUCGCCUGCCGAGCUCGCCAACAUGAAACGCUGGUUUUGGGCGUUCAGCAGUGGGCCGCGGAUGUGUAUUGGGAGCAAUUUUGCAUAUUACUCGAUGAAAUAUCUUGUUGCCGCGGUUUAUGCCAAUUAUACAACUUCUAUACAUGACCAGGGAGAUAUGGACUUGCUUGAUUCUUACCUUGCUGGACCGAAAGGCCAUCAUUUGGAACUGAAGUUUCAUCGUGUGCCUAAACAUGUGGUUUGA